CAUUAUUAGUAUUUUUAGCAAGCGGCCACACCAGCCGAGGAAUGUGUUGUUUUUUCGUUUGUAAUUGUCUGUUUAGUUUAAUGCACGCAAAUUUUUAUUUGUUUUAACCUCUCGUGUCCCGCUUAGUGUGUCCUAGUACAAUGUGAUCACAACGAAAAGUGCAACAAGAGCAGUCGUAGUAUCAAUUUAAUUAAUAUUAAGUGCAAUAUUUACACAUAUAUAAGCUAAAAACUAAGGACGAUUCGUUAAAAAUAAACGGAGCAGCCAUGGCCAACAUCAACGUGGAAACAAGCGGUCACCGUUAUUAUUAUAAAGACUUGUUGAUGGUGUUCGUGGAUGCAUUUGCGAAGGAUUUCGACUGCAAAGAUGUCCAGGACACUAUGAAAGAAAUAUUAACCAGGGAAGAAAUGGACAACAUCUUUAAGUCUAAGGAUGAGUGGGCAGCCACACUUCAACUAUUUUGGUACCUUCUCCAAAAGAAAGAGGAUAUCGUCAGGAUCUUCGUGGAACAAGUUCUCAACGCAAAUGAUUCGCCUAACUACGAGUUCCUAAUGGCUGCCAUUAAAAAGGAACUUAAGCACCCAAGCUUGGAGACCAGAGCAUAUAUCGAACAACGUGAUCGCAUUUAUAACGACAACCAAGUAUUUUCCAAGUACAAUGUCAACCGUCUGCAACCGUAUCUCAAAUUGACGGAGGCUCUUCUAGAGCUUCGUCCUGCAAAAAAUGUGUUGAUCGAUGGUGCCCUAGGAUCGGGAAAGCAUUGGUUAGCUCUUGAUGUGUGUUCAUCCUACAAAGUUCUACUUAAGAUGGAGUUUAAAAUCUUUUGGCUAGACUUAAAGAACUGCAACAGUUCGGAGACAGUUUUAGAGAUGCUACAGAAACUGCUUCACCAGAUUGAUUCCAAUUGGCCAAGUCAUACCGAUCAGGUCAGCAACAUCGAGCUUCGUAUUCAUAGCAUUCAGGUAGAAUUGCGACGCCUAUUGAAGAGCAAACCUUAUGAGAACUGUCUCCUUGUCCUGCUUAAUGUCCAAAAUGGAGAAAUUUGGAAUUUUUUUAACCUGAAUUGCAAGAUUCUUCUGACGACAAGGUUCAAGCAGGUCACUGACUUUCUCUCAGCACGUACCACAGAACGUAUUUCACUUGAUCAUUCAUCGAUGUCGCUUACGCCGGAUGAAGCUAAUUCUUUGUUUCACAAAUACAUACACAGCAGACAGCAGGACUUGCCUCGGGAAGUGCUAACAACGAAUCCCCGCAUACUGAGCAUCAUUGCCGAGAGCAUUCGUGAUGGUUUUGGCACUUUGGACAAAUGGAAACAUGUAAUUUUAAAUUGUAAUAAGCUGACGACAACUAUUGAGAGUUCUUUAAGCGUUCUAGAACCCGUUGAAUAUAGAAUAAUGUUCGAUAGACUGUCCAUUUUCCCUCCAUCUGCCCACAUACCCAUUUAUCUCCUACCGCUGAUUUGGUUCGAUGACAAAUCCGAUGGUGGCGACGCAAUGGUAGUAGUUAACAAACUGCAUAAAUAUUCGUUGGUGGAAAAACAAGCCGAAGAGUCAACUAUAAGUAUACCCGCUAUAUACUCAGAGUUGAACUACAAGAUUGAUAAUGUUUCUAAACUGCAUCGAAGGAUCGUUGAAUACUACAAUAUCAAAAAAGCCUUCGAUCAUGGUGACUUAAUAUUGCCCUCACUGGAUAAAUAUUUCUACAGCCAUAUCGGUCAUCAUCUAUUGGCCAUUGAGUCCACCGAGCGAAGCAUUUUGUUUCGGACAGUUUUCCUGGAUUUUCGCUUUUUAGAACAAAAGAUUCGGCAAGAUACAACGGCUUGGAAUGCCAGCGGAUCGAUAUUGAACACACUUCAACAGCUGAAGUUCUAUAAGUCAUAUAUUUGUGACAAUGACUCCAACUAUGAGCGCCUGGUGAAUGCAAUUUUAGAUUUCUUGCCACUGAUCGAGGAAAAUCUUAUUUGUUCGAAUUAUAUGGACCUGCUAAUGAGUGCCUUGAUGGCUAAGGAUAUAGUGAUUUCGGAAGAAGCAGAGAGACAAGUGCAGCGAUUUAGCGACCGAGUCUGGUUUAAAGAGUAUGGUCGCUUUCAACAGCACCGCCAGAUCAUUAACCUGGGCAAUAAUGAGGUGGUACACGUCAUCUAUCUUCACAACGACUUUUGCGUGAUGGCACUGCGCAGCAAAGGGUUAAUGCUAACUGAUGUUUCGCUAGAGGCAGAUGACACCUACCUCCUGAAGGAUGAGGAAGACACCAGUGAAGUCUUGCGGAUGGUGGUGUUUAACCAACAGAAGUACGUGAUUACUCUGCACAAUAACGGCAGCUUAAAGCUGUGGUUGUUGUGGCCCGAUUAUCCAGGAAGGCGGCACAGUGGUGGCAGCAAACAGCGGGUACGUACUGCCGCCUCAGCCCAUCUACGAAACCCGACUGGAACGCGCAGUUAUAAGCAGCUAAUCAACAGCGUGGUCAAACGUUUCAUGGGUAACCAUACUGAUCAGAAAAUUGUAGCUUUUUAUUUGGAUCAAAAAGCCGGAUUGCCAAAUACCUCAAUUCAACUUCAUGUGGCCUUCAGUAAUGGUGAUGUGAACAUCUUAAAUUGGGAUAAGGAAGAUAACGUGUUCAAACUUUCACACACGCCUACCCUCAUAACUUCCCAGUUUGACAUUCGCUGCAUUGUUCAAGUUUUGAAGCGUUAUUAUGUUGUCUGCACUACCAGUUGCGCGCUUAGUGUGUGGGAUCUGCAAAAUGGUUCCAGUGAAAAGCUAAAAUUUGACGGCUUUAAUGUCGAUAAUGACACGCCAUUGGCUUUAGAAGCCUAUGAAGAAAGGAAUCAGAACGCCACCGUGUUGCUUAUUUUCAAGUACAGCGUUUGGAGGAUUAACUUUAAACCAGGGCCUUACGUCGAUUUGCAAUCAGAAUCAGUGGAAUUGGCCUCGGGCAGUUUCAUCACAUGCGGCCAGCGUUCUACUGAUGGACAGUAUCUCCUGUUGGGCACCUCCAAAGGACUAAUUGUGUAUGAUCUUCAAACAUCUUAUCCCGUGUUGCACAGUAAUAUUAGCGAACAUAUUGAAUGUGUCGAUAUUUAUGAGCUAUUCGAUCCCGUCUAUAAGUACAUUGUUCUUUGUGGUGCUAAAGGCAAGAAGAUAGUUCAUGUACACACGUUACGCUCUGUGCGGUCUUCAGAUACACAUCGAAAUCGAGGAAUCGCUUGGGUUCACAGUGCAGAUGAGAAUAGCGUAAUGACCAGGGGUUGCCUGGAGCCCAAUGUUCAUCUCCGCCCUUUAAUGGACAUGACCAGAGGGAGGACACAACUUUUGGCCGUAGACUCCAAAGAGCGCAUUCAUCAAAUUGAAACUGCUACCGAUCCAAGUACUCGAAGGAGAUCUAGCAUUUCCGCCUGGUCUAUAAUCACACCCACUCAUGCUGCAAGUAACUCGAAGAUAACUGCCAUAUCUGCCUAUAGCGACGACCGAAUCUUCGUUAGCUACGUGGAUGGAGUGACAAUAGAUGUUAAUCUAGAUGCGGUGCUACCUCAGCAGUUUAUAACGGAACCCAUCGAUUACCUGAAGCAGAUCAAUCCGCAAAUCUUGUUGGCGUCGGCUAAUGGUGCCCAGAAAACUGUGAUAUUUAAACUUGGGGAGACAGAUGACCAAUGGCCAUUGCAGCUAGAUGUAGGAACCAAUUAUGCGUCCCUACAAAUGGACAAGUUUAUUAUUUUGUUCUCUGAGCACAGAAUAUGUCAUUUGGACUUAGACAAUCCGUUCACUGUUGUGAAAUCUGAGGAGUCGGAGGAAUCCAUUGUUGGCUUUGAUCUCAAGAACGGUCUUCUGUUUCUGGCCUAUGGAAACAACACUAUUGAGGUAUCCGGAUUAAUGUUCGGAGAUAACCAACUUCGGUAUCUUCCGAUUUGCGAGGAGAAUAUUGUCCAAAGGGCUAAGAUUAGCUACAUGACGGCUACGGCCGAUGGUUCCAUGUUUGCACUGGGCUACGAAAAUGGCAUUCUUGAGCUAUUUUCCCUAGACAACAGGCAAGUCCAACUGAUCUACAGUAUUAACAAUGUCCACAAACACUGUAUACGCCAACUUACCUUCUCGCCAUGCAAAUUGGUCCUGAUAAGUUGUGCGGAGCAGCUCUGCUUCUGGAAUGUGACGCACAUGCGCAAUAACCAGAUAGAUCGGGAUCAGAGCCACCGACGGAGUCGGCGCCACAGGCUUCACAGUGUGGAUCAAGAUGAUGUGGAUGCGUCGCGCAUUCGGUCUGAAAGCUAUUCUGAUUUAUCAUUCGUUACCUGCGAAUUCCUUUCUGAGAGCCGAGAGGAGGUAUUUCUAUGGCAGAAUAAGCGUGGCAAUGCCAUCCGCCCGGAACUUUUGGCCUGCAUAAAAUUUGUGGGCAAUGGAGCUAGUCAGUUCUUCGUCGAUGACAAUUGCUCCCGCUUUUAUGCCAUAGAUAACGAAGGCGUCUACUACAAUCUUCAGGUACUUCAGUUAAGUAGAUUUGAUCCUCCCCCUGAACCUGAUCCGGUCGAGGAGAUAGAGAAAUUGCAAUAUGACUUGAAGGAUCUCAGGAUACUCGAAAGCUCACUUUCCGAAAUGGAGGAUGAUAACGAGGGAGCUGAUGUGGUGGGCAACCUGGUUUUGGAGAAGAAGAGCGAAAUUGAUGGAGAAGAUGCAAUCCCUAGGGAGACCAGCUCAUGACGCCAGUGGUGCGCCUCUUGGAGGCGCACGAAACCAAAAAGCUCCAACUACAAUACGGCAUUUUUAGGAUUACUGCUCUACUACCUGAUAGUAUUGCUUUUCUACCUCCUGGGACCAAAUUUUUCCUAGGCAAAAGCUGACUUUUAAUUUAAAUGAAAUGUUGGAAAUCAUCCAAUUACGAUAUCUCAGAGGGCGGUGGGUGCGUUGCCCUGCCUUUUGUUUGGCAGACCGAGUAACCGCCACCAAAUAAACGACAUU